UGUUUGCGGGCAUCCCUGGGCUGGUUCUCUCCAUCGGGCAACGCGAUUGCGGUUACUUCGUUGAUCCGAGAACGCUUGGUCUUUACGUGUACUUUAUCGAAAAGUUUCGAUUGCAACGCGAGUCGUUAGCACACGGAAUCGUUGCGACUUCAGAUUCAACAUGCAAAUCUUUGUGAAAACUCUCACUGGAAAAACCAUCACCCUCGAGGUAGAAGCUUCUGACACUAUUGAAAAUGUCAAAGCUAAGAUCCAAGAUAAAGAAGGUAUUCCUCCGGAUCAGCAACGUCUGAUCUUUGCUGGCAAGCAACUGGAAGACGGCAGAACCCUUUCCGACUACAACAUCCAGAAGGAAUCUACGCUUCAUCUGGUCCUGCGUCUCCGCGGAGGAAUGCAGAUCUUCGUAAAGACUCUAACGGGCAAAACCAUCACCCUGGAAGUCGAAGCUUCGGACACCAUUGAAAACGUGAAGGCCAAAAUCCAGGACAAAGAGGGGAUUCCCCCGGAUCAACAGCGUUUGAUUUUCGCCGGCAAGCAACUCGAAGAUGGCAGGACUCUUUCAGACUACAACAUCCAGAAGGAAUCCACACUCCAUCUGGUCCUGCGUCUUCGCGGAGGAAUGCAGAUCUUCGUAAAGACUCUCACGGGCAAAACCAUCACCCUCGAAGUCGAAGCUUCCGACACCAUAGAAAACGUGAAGGCCAAAAUCCAGGACAAAGAGGGAAUUCCUCCGGAUCAGCAGCGUUUAAUCUUCGCUGGCAAACAGCUGGAAGACGGCAGAACUCUUUCCGACUAUAAUAUCCAAAAGGAAUCUACGCUCCACUUAGUUUUGCGACUUCGCGGAGGCGCGCUCUUGUGAACGGGAAAUCUGCAGAAAAGUCUGUUAGUCGCAAAUUGAAUAGCAUUGGUAGUAUUGAAAUAGCAUUCGUCACUUUUUGUUUUUUAAAUUCAUGCUUCAAAUCCGUAUACCCGCGUAUACUUGAUAUUCAAAAGUAUUAUUUCCGUCAAUUUGCGUACAACAAGAAUGUGGGAAAUUGUAUCCCAGAUAUAUGUAAAGGGACACGUUCUUGAGUAAUAAAGAUGUGAUAAUGAUA